AUGCUGGUUUACUUGUUUCACAUUUUCCACCUCCCUUUUCUUAUUAAAAGGUUUCCAAGCUACACAGAACCACAAAAUCUAACAGGUGUCUCAGAAUUCCUCCUCCUGGAACUCUCAGAUGAUCCUGAACUGCAGCCUGUCCUCGCUGGGCUGUUCCUGUCCAUGUACCUGGUCACGGUGCUGGGGAACCUGCUCAUCAUCCUGGCCGUCGGCUCUGACUCCCACCUCCACACCCCCAUGUACUUCUUCCUCUCCAACCUGUCCUUGGCUGACAUCGGUUUCACCUCCACCACCAUCCCCAAGACAAUUGUGGACAUCCAAACUCACAGCAGCGUCAUCGCCUAUGUGGGCUGCCUGACACAGAUGUCUCUUUUUACCCUUUUUGGAUGCAUGGAAGACAUGCUUCUGGCUGUGAUGGCUUAUGACCGGUUCGUAGCCAUCUGUCACCCCCUGCACUACCCAGUUAUCAUGAACCCACGCCUCUGUGGCUUCUCAGUUUUGGUGUCUUUUCUUCUUAGCCUGGUGGAAUCCCAGCUGCACAAUUUCACUGUGUUACAAUUCACCUGCUUCAAGGAUGUGGACAUCUCUUCUUUCUUCUGUGACCCUUCUCAACUCCUCAGCCUUGCCUGUUCUGACACCUUCCUCAAUAACAUAGUCAUGUAUUUCGGUGCUUCCAUAUUUGGGUUUCUUCCUAUUUCUGGGGUCCUCUACUCCUAUUAUAAAAUUAUUUCCUCCAUUUUGAGAGUUGCAUCAUUAGCUGGGAGAUACAAAGUCUUCUCCACCUGUGGCUCUCACCUGACAGUUGUUUGCUUAUUUUAUGGAACAGGCCUUGGCGUGUACCUCAGUUCAGCUGUGUCACCUUCUCCCAGGAAGGGUGCGGUGGCCUCAGUGAUGUACACUGUAGUCACCCCCAUGCUGAACCCCUUCAUCUACAGCUUGAGAAACGGGGACAUUAAAAAGGCCCUGUGGAAGCUGCAAAACAGGACAGUCUAG